AUGAGUUUUUGCACCAACAUGCAGCGCCCAGUGACAUCAUCCGCCACUCUCCUCCGAUGGCUCAAGCCCUCGGGCCAGCGCUGCAACGCUCUGCGCUCUUUCUCUUCCUAUGGAAAUGUCCACCAGUCCUCUAAGCGCGACAUGCAAACCGCCACAGCCUAUCGCCCACACACUCUACCUUCAUCUUUCCCGAUGCCUCGGAGCACAGGCGGUCCAGCCGAGGGCUCAAUCUCAGCAGACUUUGCCUUCCCAUCAGAAUCCGCCCAGAAGUCUUCUCAAUCAGAACACUCUCGAACAAACCUGCGAGAGACCGAGGCUCAGAAGCCCAAGCCAGCCACCACCGCCCCUCCGAAGACUUCCCCGAAACCCCGCCGACCACUCCGUGCCCGCAAGGCCGCCAUGAAGUUAACCCCCAUCGCUACAGAGCAGCUUCGCAAGUUGAUGGCGCAGCCGGAACCAAAGUUCAUUCGAGUGGGUGUGAAGAACCGCGGUUGCUCCGGUCUCGCCUAUCACCUGGAGUACGUGGAGAAGCCGGGAAAGUUCGACGAAAUCGUGGAACAAGACGGUGUGAAGGUUUUGAUCGAUAGCAAGGCUCUAUUCAGUAUCAUUGGCAGUGAAAUGGACUGGCAAGAAGAUAAAUUGAGCAGGAGAUUCGUUUUCCGCAACCCCAACAUCAAGGAGGAAUGCGGCUGCGGAGAAUCCUUCAUGGUUUAA